AUGGGCGCCCCCGCGUGGAGAACGAACGAGAUGUCCUCGAACGUUUUCAGGGUCGGACUCCGUACUUGCGGCCACUGCUCGAUAAAAGAAUUGAAGCAUGUCUCAAGAUGUGUGUUGGAAGCAUUGGCGACGCUACAUGACGAUGGCUAUGUCCGUACGGAUGUAAAACUUGAUAACAUCUUCGCGAAUUAUAAAGAAGGGGAUGUACGAUUCUCAGAGGUCCAGCUUGGAGAUCUCGACGGUUCUUAUAAUGCGGAUUCCUCUUACGCCAAAGCAGGAACGCUGCCUAUAAAUUUUAUUUACGGCGGCAACUUUAACAUCUUCCGUCCUCGUACCGUCCUGUACGACCACGAAGAGUACGGAUUAGAAGUCCUAAAGCAGCAGUUUCGAUACUUCGGUCCGUCCCCGGUGAAAUGUGAGGAGAUCGCAAGUCCGGAGACCAUCACAGCUAUUUUAUACCUGAUGCAUGACGUUCCGCAGUCAAAAUAA